AUGCUUUGGGCCCAUGGGCGGCAAAUUCGUAAAUCCGGCCCUGUCUACCAGGGCCCCAACUACGAUCAGGUCGUACCAAUUUUGAAUAUUAAUGUUGACGUGCACUACACUCCUUAUAGUUUGUGUACUUUUGAGUUGAGAGUUCAACAUAGUUAUUUUAAGAACUUAUCAGCAAUUCAGGAUCGGGAAAUAUGCUGUUAUUCAAUUUCUUGUAAGGAAAAGGAUAAUAUAGAUAUUACCCUACAGUGGUUGAUUGCACACUCCAAAUCUGGUAUGCGCUAAAUAAAUAUGUGUCUCUUUGUAUCAAAGUAAUCAUAUUUAUUAAUUAAAACUAGAAAUCUUGAGGAAAAAUAUUUAACAAUAUAAUUUUUUAGAUUUUAGAGUACCUUAUUGAAAU